CGAGGAAGCACACGAAGCAGGACUCCACCAUGAACGAGGAGUGGAAGAGCAUGUUCGGGUCUCAGGAGCCGGCCUCCACUCAGAUCGCCACGGCAGCUGACGGGCCGGGUAGUCAGGUCAGGAAGAGCGCCGCGACCCCGGCGGUGCCCGUGCUGCAGUCGGUGGUGAGCGGCCCCGCCUACCAGCGCCGCAUCAACACCUGUAAAGCGGAGCUGCAGCAGCUGGUGCAGCAGAAGAGGGAGCAGUGCAGCGCAGAGCGCAUGGCCAAGCAGAUGAUGGAGAGCGCAGAGUGGGAAAGUCGACCGCCGCCUCCCGGGUGGCAUCCUAAAGGGCUGCUGGUCGCACAUCUCCACGAACACAAAGCCGCAGUGAACAGAAUCAGAGUCUCAGACGAACACUCCAUCUUCGCCACAGCGUCCAACGACGGCACCGUCAAAGUCUGGGACAGUCAGAAGAUGGAGGGCAAGACCACGACCACCAGGUCGGUGUUGACGUAUUCUCGUAUCGGCGGCCACGUGAAGACACUGACCUUCUGUCAGGGGUCACAUUAUUUAGCGGUGGCCUCAGACAACGGCUCCAUCCAGCUGCUGGCGGUCGAAGCCAAUAAACCUCCCAAAUCCCCCAAAGUUCAGCCGUUCCAGACCAGGUCUCUGGACCUGCAGGAGGACGGCUGCGCGGUCGACAUCCAUCAUUUUAACUCGGGCGCUCAGUCGGUGCUGGCGUACGCCACCGUCAACGGCUCGCUGGUCGGCUGGGACCUUCGCUCCAACUCCAACGCCUGGACGCUCCGCCACGACCUGCGUCUGGGACUCAUCACCUCCUUCACCGUGGACAUGCACCAGUGCUGGCUCUGUUUAGGAACAAGCAGCGGCACCAUGGCCUGCUGGGAUAUGCGGUUCCAGCUGCCCAUUUCAAACCACUCCCACCCUGCUCGAGCACGAAUCAGACGGCUGCUCAUGCAUCCGCUCUACCAAUCAUCUGUCAUCGCAGCCGUCCAGGGGAAUAACGAAGUGUCGAUGUGGGACAUGGAGACCGGAGAUCGAAAGUUCACUCUGUGGGCGAGUUCAGCUCCUCCACUCUCUGAGAUGCAG